GGUCUUGAGCAGCCAUGACGAUGGAGGUGCUCCCCAAGACCCUGGAGGUAGACGAGAAGUCUCCAGAGUCCAAGGACCUCCUGCCCAGCCAGACAGCCAGCUCCCUGUGCAUCAGCUCCAGAAGUGAGUCUGUCUGGACCACCACUCCCAGGAGCAACUGGGAAAUCUACCACAAGCCCAUCAUCAUCAUGUCAGUGGGCGCUGCCAUUCUGCUCUUUGGUGUGGCCAUCACCUGCGUGGCCUACAUCUUGGAAGAGAAGCAUACGGUUGUGCCAGUCCUCAAGAUGACAGGGCCUGCCUUCCUGUCCUUGGGACUCAUGAUGCUGGUGUGUGGGCUGGUGUGGGUGCCCAUCAUCAAAAAGAAGCAGAAACAAAGGCAGAAGUCCAGCUUCUUCCAAAGCCUCAAGUUCUUCCUUCUGAACCGCUGAAGGCAAUCUGACCAGGAGAUCUACUGACCAACAUCCGGCCUGCUAACCUUCUCCGUGGGGUACAACCAAGCUGAUUCAGGCAAACCCUCUUGGCCCUGAGAGCAGGACAGAGCUCAGGGCUUCACCCUCACACAACCUCGCAGUGUUGCUGGCUGAGUUUCACCUGGUUUCUCCAUCGCUGCUGAUGCUCCCUUGGGUAGUCUCGAUGUUCGCAUCCCUGGCACCUGCAUUUAGCCAUCAUUCAUCCCACUUUCUCUGCCAAGGGCAGUGCAUGCUGGGAAACUCUUUGGGGGCUGACUAUGCUCCCAAGAAGAACUUCUUGCUGGAAUUGCGUGUCUGAGCUGGAGUCCCCAUCGGCAUCCUUCUGGAACUAAAAUUGAUCAAGGAUGGAAGAAUGACCUCAGACCCACUGGGUUUGACAGUCUUGACGCCCUCCUUGGGUGAGACAUUGACUAGCAUUACAAGGGACAGAAUAAUUCUCAUGUACCAAACAUUCCAAAAUCUGAACAGUGAUGGGGGUUGUAGGCGGGGGACACUGUCCAGGGCAGAUCAUUCCUCUGGGCAUAGCUCUAGAAGUCAGCUAGCCAAGGAAGUUCAUUCCCGAAUCCAUAGUAUUGACACCAGCGGCAAUAGCAUAGGCUAAGCGGUGUCUGUUUCCCCUUGACCCUCCAAUGCCCUUCUCACGGACUGCCUUCAUCUUGGCAAUUAGCCAAGAACAAAUGCUCCUUGUUCUAACUCCUUUCCCCUAUCCCAUCUCUGUCUCUAUGCAUUGCCAGAACAGAAGGAAGGAAAGGUCACAGAUUGGACCUUGCCCUUCCUCUCAAUCAUGACCCAACCUGAGAUGGGACGCCAUGUCUGAGUGUUCCAUGGAAUUCCAGAGAUAGCUUCACCAAAGAGGACCCCAACCUCUAUCGCCCCUGCUCCUCCCCACAAGCAAGAGAGUAUUUAUUGAGUUUUCUUCUCUGGGCCUAGGUUGGGAACAGCCAGACCCAGUCCCUGAUCUCCUCUUCCUUCUAAAAGUGAGAGAGAGGCAGACAUAAGCAAGCCAGUUGGCACUACCCCAUGUUGAACUCUUAGGGUGGCUAUAGGAACACAUGGGUCCAACAUAAAUUUAAAGGAAGGCAGAGAGGUUUCUGGAGACCAUUCUGGUUCCUCCUAAAGACAAAUGGAAAAUAAGUGUUGGGAAAGGGUAAGGUGGACAAGGAAGGAGCAACUUUUACCUUGCAUGUGAAAAGGCUGGGCAAAGAGGCCUCAUGGAGUUAGGAGUCUGCAUAGCUCCUGGAUGCUGUUUCAUCCCCUCUUGUCUACUUCCCUCCUGCUUUCCCAAGUGCCUUACAUCCAGCUUCUCCUUGGUACACUGCAAGCUGCUGGGGUCUAUAGAGACUGGGAGAGGCAUCUCCAGGGGAACCCACCAAGUAGAUCUAGCCCAAGAGGUAAGUGCCCUCAAAACUCCUUAUAGACACCAAGAAGACAUUCGGUGAAAAGCCAGGUGCCCAUAACAGAUCCCCCAAGCUGUGCCAGGCCAGACCAGAGACUAGGGGAAAGCACCUGAUAACAGGGUGAGUGACAAGAGCUGCAUUCGUUCCAGUUGACUCCCUUCAUCCCUAAACCUUCAGACACUUGGGAUCAUCAUGGCAACCUUCCUCCAAAGUCUCAGAACUUUCAUAGGCAGAGUCAGAAUUCAUAUUUAUUCCUGUUGCAUUCUGGGGGAAAUCCAUGGAGGCAGUAUUUUUCUCAUGAUCUCUCUCUCUCUUUCACACACACACACACACACACACACACACACACACACACAUUCUUAACUAAAGAGUCAGAAUUUGGGGAGCCUCUGGCCUUUCAAAGCUCACUUCAGAUAGCCAUGUCCUUCAUUAAGACUCCUGUACACCCAUCCCAGCACGCAGGCAGAUCAGGACCAAAUCUGGGGUUAUUUCAAUGUUAUCACUAAUUUGAGUGUUAGUACCUCGGAAACAGGACUGACAUGGAAGGUAGGCCCUCUGACGAGGCCUCUCAUUUCCUGGUGCUUUCAUGGAAGGGAGCACGCAGAUGAGCGCCCAGCCAGCUCACUUGGAGUCCACACCCCACAAACCUCAUUAUCCUCAGAGCUCAUUAUCUAUGCACAGCUCUGAGGGGAGGGUCUUUGCAAACAUCACUAUCAUGUAUGCCUCAACGGAAGGGAGUUCAGGGCUAAUCCUGGUGCCAGGAAAUCUUCAACUUGUGGAUCUCUUCUGCAGCCACAUCAGUACCUGCCCAUACCCCCCGCCCCUCAAGCUAAGUCCUCAGUAGACAGAAACAAAGAAGAGCCUCUGAGGAAAAAAAAUACCAAAUAUUGGUUACCCCCUACUGGGCUCCCCACCUAAAUGAGGGCCAGGAAAUGGGCUGAACCACCCCAAAAGCAGCACAUCGUGGAACUUUUUGCCAAAGACCAUUGCCUCAUGAAAGCCUGAGAUGGGGGCAAUCUGUAAGUGAAGCCAGGCUGGAUGCCACCUUUCUGAACCAAAGCAUCCUGGGCAAUGACGUCAGUCAUCUCACUGGUCUGAAGUCAGGGCCAGCAUCCACAGCACUAUCCCACCAGAAUGUAUUACCUGCUCCUCCUGAGGCUCCUCUGUUUGGGAGAAUUUAAUCUAAUCUGAAGCCUAAAGGAAUUAAUGUCAUGUCAAAUUGUAUUCUAUUUAACAGUAUCUGCCGUGUUUAUCCUGUUUCACCAGGCAUUUGAAGACAGUACCCACAAACCCCUCCUCCUCUAAAAUGCUCCCCCAUUGCCAUAUUUCCUCUCCCAAGAAGGGUGUUGGGGAGAAAAGAGACAGAGUGUCUCUCAUGCAUGCGUCCUGAGAUGCCUCUCUGCAACUGGUGGCUCUCCUCUGAGGUGAUGGUGGUGCAGAGGGAUCUCACAAGCCCAGUAUUGAGACCCAAAACUUGACCUGAAAAAAAUUACAUUUUAGAGUGAAUUUGUGGUCUAGACAAGGGAGGCGGAUACCAGGUCUUGGAGAAAUGCUCCAAAUGCAAAGCAAAGUAGAAAAAGAUCCACUGGGGGCUUAUUUUCACCUCCCACCCCAGAGGCCUGUCUGUGCUUAGCCUGUGUGGGGACAGCUGUUCAUGCCUGAGACUUUCUCCCGAGACUCACAGGCAGCCUCAGAGAAUCUGCCAGCCCAAGCAGCAACUGUCACUCUGUAACUAGGUUCCUUAGGUCUCCAGCAAGGAACCUCAGGUCUGAGGGACUAUGCUCAGUUCUCCUGCAACCUGUAGGGACAUGUAAGAGGGACAGACCCCCAGGCCUUCUCACAGUCCAGGCCUUCUACCCUAAGAGAAAGACAGGUUCACUAAAGGGUACCCCAGAAUGAGAUCAUCUCCCUGUCCUGCAGGUUCCUCUGUAAAAACCACUAAAAUGACUGCAAAAUAGAAAGGAGAGUCAUUAUCAAUGGUCCUUAUCAAUCAGUCACUUGUACUAAGUUGGGAUUGUCUUCAAUAAAUGACA